UCGUGUGAGGGAGCGCCGAGCCGGGGGGUGCCCGCGGAGCCUCCUGUGAGGGAGCGCCGAGCCGGGGGGUGCCCGCGGAGCCUCCUGUGAGGGAGCGCCGAGCCGGGGGGUGCCCGCGGAGCCUGGGGGUGCCCGCGCCGCCUGGGGGUGCCCGCGCCGCCGCUCGCCGGCUCCAGGCACUUGGCCGCCCGGCGCCUCACCGCCCCCAGGAUGUUCAAGAAAUUUGAUGAAAAGGAGAAUGUAUCAAACUGCAUCCAGCUGAAGACUUCAGUUAUAAAAGGUAUUAAGAGUCAGUUGAUCGACCAGUUUCCUGUUAUUGAACCAUGGCUAAACCAAAUUAUGCCAAAGAAAGACCCAGUCAAAAUAGUAAGAUGUCAUGAACAUAUAGAAAUCCUCACUGUGAAUGGUGAGUUGCUGUUCUUCAGACAAAGAGAAGGGAUUUUCUACCCAACGCUAAGGUUGCUUCACAAAUAUCCAUUUAUUCUUCCACAUCAGCAGGUUGAUAAAGGUGCCAUUAAAUUUGUACUAAGUGGAGCUAAUAUAAUGUGCCCUGGCCUGACGUCUCCUGGAGCAAAACUUUACCCUGCUGCCGUUGAUACUGUUGUUGCAAUAAUGGCAGAGGGCAAACAACAUGCAUUAUGUGUGGGAGUAAUGAAAAUGUCAGCUGAGGACAUUGAGAAGGUCAACAAAGGGAUUGGUAUUGAAAAUAUCCAUUAUUUAAAUGAUGGCCUUUGGCAUAUGAAGACAUACAAGUGAAACAAAGAACUGUGUUACUCCAAAGGAAUGCACUUAGAUUAAAUGUGGACUGCUUUGUAAUUCCUUGUUUUUAAUGUGACUGAAUGUACAAAUUAUUUUGUUCUGUGGCUCUGCUAAAUAAAUCAAGUGAAUGCGAAAGUACUGUUAGGCUACAAUAGUUUUCUAGACUUCCCUUUAUUACAGUUCUUUUGUUCCAUCUUAAACUCAAGUCUUCAGUGGCUGAAGAUACCUGGUGGAAAGAUCCUGCAUGGACUGUGAGUAGACUAUUUCAAAUGAAAAGAAGGAAAAGGUCAAGAAAUGUUUACAUUUUUAUGCUCUUCUACGAGAGUAAUAUGAAGUGUGUGGUUAACAUGGUUUAUGAAACCUCCAAAACAUUUCAGAUGUUUUUUCUUCUAAUGAACAUCUUGUUAGUCUACCUGUUUCUUGAAUGUGGAGAAAUCUGGGGUUUUUUUACUUUUAUUUUUUAACUUAAUUUAUUAACAGCAUUAACUUCAGUAUUUUACUUCAGGGUUUUCUCUUUUUAAGAUACAUGUAUCUGCAUAGGAUUUAUGAAGUUAGACUCUUAUGUGGACUUAAAAUUCUUUUCUGCUAGCUCAUAUCUGAAGAGUGUAAGUUCAAAUUUCUACCUGCUAACACUUUGAUACCACUCUGUUUGUAGCGGAGUUUAAAGUAGUGGUGUGCAUGCUCCAGAUGGAGUGUGUGCCAACUUGGUGCCUGAUGCUUUACUCCCUGUUUGCCUUCUUCAGUGCAGAAACAAAAAUCACAAUUUAACAAAGGGAUGGUAGCAAAACACAAUUAUCAGUGUAGUCAGGAGCAACUUCUUCAGGUGGAAUUUCAAAAGAUCUCUGCUUGUGCACACUGCCACAUAGAUGUCCACCUACAGAAUGAGUUAGAGCACUGGAUUUGACUGGAUAAUCCAACUCGUUGUUCAGCAACUGCAUACCCAAAGAUAUGCCUAUGGAAAAUAGCCUGUGCCAUGGAAUCAGUAAAUAAACUAAAGAAAUGUAAGGUCUGCCACAC